CUGAAUAUUAGCGAAAGAUUGGAAUUUAUUUUGUGUUGUGUCCAAUGUAUGUAGGUGUUGAUAUAAAUAUACAACUUAAAUAAUAAAUACACUUUGAUACGAUUAUACGAUUACUGAAUCAUUAUUUGCUUUUGCGUUUGUUAAAUUGAGCCUUCACGGCGUUAAUUAAAAACAAAUAUUAGUUAGUUUAAACCUUUGGCAGGGACGCACAAGUGGUUCACCUGUCAUUUGGUAAUUUGCAGUGAUUUUUACUGUGGAUGUGACUCAAAUAUAUCUACGUGAUAUGGGAAGACAGCACGGUUGAAAAUGAGUUUCGGAGGGUUUCAGUUCGGACCUGACACUGACGAUUUACCUGAAAUAAAUGGAUCAUACGACACUUCACACGAUGAUGUGUUUUAUCCUCGUGUUGAUGAGUUUGAUCUGACGAAUGCGAUCAAGUGCCAGGAUGACGGGGAUUGCCCUAUCAAUGGCAAGUGCCCAACGGGGGAUAUCCUGAUGAAGAACAUAUGCGUGUGCGUGGACAACCUCGUGCCUGUCAUGCAGAAUGAAACGUGUCUGGAGUCAUCAGAUAACGUUCACAGACCGGAGGAGAAGGCGUCGUCCGGAGUGAUCCGGUUACCGACGCAAUUUGGGUCCGGCUUUCACCAGAACCCGGCAUACACGGCUCUGUUAAACGACAGUGAUGUUCAUGAGGAGGGUGACUACAUAUCUAACCAACAGGCAACACAGAAUGCUUUAGCAGACGACACAAUUAACCAAAAUACAUUAAGCACAUCCGACAUCAGUAUCAAAAUACUCAUUCCUUUCGCUGGAACAGUCCUUCUCAGUGCCCUACUAAUUGUUGUUAUCAUACGACGAUUCGGUUGGUGUCGAAAGAGUCCUAGAGGCAAAAAUACUGCAGUUAUUAAAGCAAGUGAAGGAGUCCAUCUUUUGGACAAAAUAAACGUUGUGAACAAAAAUCCAAAUUAUUUAAUGAGCAUUACGAACACCUACAAGAAAACAGCCGGUGUUGUUAAUAUUCCUGUUGAACAUAUCAAAUUGAUGGAGGUGGUUGGGGAAGGAGCGUUUGGACAAGUAUACAAAGGUGAACUGGAGUCACCAGAUAGUCAGGAAAAGCGAGAUGUGGCAGUAAAAGUGUUGAAAGAGGGCGUAUCAAACGAGGCUAGGGAGGACUUCGAACGUGAAGUAGAUAUCAUGAGUGCCUUUGAUCACGAUAACAUUCUGAAACUCUUGGGAACUGUUCAAACUGGCAACAGUGACACCCCUUACAUGGUAUUUGAAUACAUGAAACAUGGAGACCUGGCGGAGCUUCUACGAAAAAAUGAUCACAGUGUACCACAAACUGAGGAGACUCUUCAGCUUCAAAAGAUUGACUUGAUCGACAUCACCGUGCAGAUAUCUAAUGGAAUGCAAUAUUUGACGUCACAGCAUUUCGUUCAUCGUGACUUAGCAACCAGGAACUGUCUCGUUGGAGAGGGCUUAACUUUAAAGAUAUCCGACUUCGGCAUGUCACGUGAUAUCUACACAUGUGAUUACUACAGGAUUGGAGGCUCUCGCAUGUUGCCGGUCAGGUGGAUGUCGCCAGAAGCGGUAAAGUGGGGCAAAUUUACCACCGAGUCUGAUAUUUGGGCAUUUGGAGUGGUAUUAUGGGAGAUUUUCAGCUUUGGGAGACAACCCUAUUAUGGACAUACGAAUGAGGAGGUUAUUCGGUUUCUGGAAGAGAACAUAUUGCUACAAAGGCCGGAGGAAUGCCCCUCCAUUGUAUAUCACGUGAUGCUACAGUGCUGGAAGGCGGACCCGAAGGAACGACUUGCCUUUUCACGGAUAAACAAGUACCUGACAGAGUAUCACAAGCAAUUGCAACGCAACACGUGCAACUCUUCUUUUGACCUUGUUAACGAGUAUGAGAUUCCGUUGUAAGGGAUUUGUUCAAGUUUUAAAUGGUUGAGUUUGUGUUAUUAUUUGAAAUAAACGAUUGAUAGAGCAUUACACGGCUGGUUACCGUGAUUUAUGCACGAUUUAAAAUACUUUUUCAGAAUUUGUGCCAGUUACAAUUAAAAAUCAUAUUUGUUCUGUAAUACAGGAUGUUUGUAUUUUAAGCGGUAUCAUAUUGAGCAUGUACACACUUUUUUCCAAUUUGACUGUUAAAAGUCAAAAGUGUUUUAAAUGUUGUAGAUGAAAAUUGAUAAAUCUGACAUAAAACGUAUUGUCACCUCAAGUUAAUGUCUGUUUCCUUGUACACAUCUACAAAUCACAAUGCAUCGUUUUUCUCUGAAAAUUUUAAAUAUGUCAUAUCGCGUUUAUGAUCUCUACGUUUUGAAUAUUUUGAUUAUUAAUAAGUAGUAUUGUAGAUUAAUAAGGCAAAAUAGCACACGGUGAAGCAUUAUUUAUAUUAACAUUAUUUAUAUUUACUUUGUAAAUAAAGUAAUAACAUAUAAUUCAAUGUAAGAGUAUGUCCAGUAUCGCGUAUAGUUGGUUCCGUAUUAAUUUGAUUACAUCAAACUUUGCUAAAUUUUGGUUUUCACAAGAUAUUUUGCAAAUAUUGAGUUUUGAUUUUGAGACUCCGACUCAAUAUAUAUUGAAAUAUAAUUUCAGAGGUGCAUAUUAUUUAGAGAAAAUACGAAACAAAAUAUAUUGCAGGUACGUUUUAAUAUACCAUUUGCUGAACAUCAUUCUGGGUUUAGUAAUUCAUAUACGCAAUUUUACAAAUUCAACAUGACACUAAGUAUAUAAAUAGCUACAACAUGCACUCGAAAAGCAUUUGAUAUGUUUUUUCUCUAUUUUGCAAUUAUAGUUAAAUAGAUCAUGUGUACAUUCAAGUUAAACGCAGUUAAUUUUAGCCAUCCACAGUUUUUUUUCUUGUAUUGUAAAUAGUAUGUGUACAGUGUUCACUAGAGCUAUCACAGACACAAUGACACGUAUUGUUUUCAUGUUUAACAUGUAUUAAUAUAAUACAAAGGAAAAACAAAAUAAAAAUAAAAUAUUUACAAUAGUUGUAAUUUUAUACAUUUAGCAAAUAUGAUCAAGGGCACAAAACUUAAGCACGCGCAGAUAAUUGGACAAGUCAUGCAAGUUUAGAACUUGCGUGUGUUCUUCACAGAGUACAAUAUUUUUUAUACAAGACAAAUUAUUUCAUAAAUACAUAAAUUACAACACCAGCUCGCAGAGCUAUUUUUUAUAAAAUGCAAAAAAAACAUAUAAAUAAUGCAACACAUAACCUUAAAAAUAAAAAGGGCCUUUAGAUAAGAUUAAAGUUAAUAUUAUUAGCAAAAUAGUAAAAAAUAAAAUUAUAUCACAUUAAAUAUAGUUUAAUAAAUCGAUCGUAAACAUGUAGAACAUUACUAAUACCAGAGAAUAUUAAAACUAUCACAUUUAAUUACUUUUGUUUAUCAAAAAUAUGCUUACACGACUUUGUUUGCAAAUCUGAAUUUGUUUGGAGGUUUUAUAUUAAAUUGAACAAUAUCAUGUAAGAUUUUGUGUACUACCAUGGAGACAUUUUAAAAAUUCCAUAUCAAUAGACAAAUUACAGUCAAAGCACUUAACAGUAAUACUGCAUAUAUCUUAAACCACACACCAGUCAAAGCCCUUUAACAGUCAUAGUUUGCAUUUCUUAUACCACUCACCAGGUAUCGCUAUUAAACGUUCAAGAGCACAUAUCUUAUACCAUACACCAGACAUUGCUCUCAACAGUUAUAAUGCAUAUAUCUUGUACCAUACAUCAAGCAUAGCCCUAAACAGGUAUUGUACACAUGUCUAGUACAACAUACCAGGUAGAGCCAUAAACAGGUACACCACAAUCAUAAACAUUAUUCACUUGUAUUUAGCAUCUCUUUUUUUCUCGAAUAUCUGUGAUAUAUGUUUUGCUCUAUGAGGACAAUGUACACUUUUUUCUGUUAUUUCAAAAUCAUCUUUAGCCAUCUUUGUUAUGAUGAAUGAGUAUUAUUGAUAACUAUAAAUAUAUUGGUUAAGUUUGGACUAGUAUUGAUGAGUCUUAGGUGUGUCUAUAUUAAGAAAGGUUAUCGUUGUUAAGUUAUUGUUUGUUUGUUUGGACUACUAAAACAAUAAAUUGUUAUGUCAG